CUAGGGAAUUGUAACAGGUGACAAUGAAUAACGAGGUGAAGUUGUUGGGAGCAUGGCCAAGCCCAUACGUGUUAAGGGUUCGGAUAGCUCUAAACAUGAAAUCAGUGAAGUAUGACUUCCAUGAGGAAAAGUUAUCGUCCAAAAGCCAGCUUCUUCUUCAAUCCAACCCCAUUUACAAGAAAAUCCCAGUUCUCAUUCAUAAGGACAAACCCCUCUGCGAGUCUUUGAUCAUUGUGCAAUAUGUGGAUGAUGUUUGGUUCUCUGCCUCUCCCAUUCUCCCUUCUGAUCCUUAUGACCGUGCCAUUGCUCGUUUCUGGACCGUCUACAUUGAUCAAACGUUGUAUCCAACCAUGAGAUCCAUUAGAGGAGCUUCGGAAGAGGAUGAGAAGAAGAGGUUGAUAGAGGAAGUGAGAAAGGGAUUGGCAAUGUUGGAGGAUGUGUUCAAAGAUAGCAGCAAAGGCAAGGGCUUUUAUGGUGGUGACCAAAUUGGGUUGUUGGAUAUUGCACUUGGAAGCUUCUUGGGGUGGCUGAGGGUGGUAGAGAUAAUCAACGGGGUGAAGUUGCUUGACCAAAACAACACACCUGAGCUGCUGAAAUGGGCUGAAAGGUUUUGUGCACAUUCUGCUGUCAAAGAUGUUAUGCCAGAGACAGGGAGGCUUCUUGAGUUUUCCAAAACUCUAGCUAAGGGCUGAAAAUGGAUAUGCUUCUACACAAAGUUAUUGAAGUUUUCUAUAAAAUAACAUGCCAUGCAGUGUUGCUCAUGCAUUCCUCAGAGUUUAGUUUUCUUUUCUUUACUUGAAAUCUGUGUAGUUGGAACUUGAUAUGAAUAUUGUUUCUCGCCUGAUUUCUGUGGUUCUGCCUACAAAUUUAAA